GACUGAAGUUUUAGAGAUUAGAACGCGUAUAAUUUAUGUAUAUUGAGAAGUAAUAAUCAUUCAGAGUUUGACAACUGUAAGGAAACUGUCAGAGAAGAUGGUCCAAAGAAGGUGGGUACAAGGUUGCGAUUGCGAUUGGGAUGGUAGGGAGAUAUUGAAGAUCAGUGAAUCGAUAUAAAAGAAGAACGAAUACUAAAGCAGCGCCAGUUUUAACUUUCUUUUGGGUAUCACGCGGAAAAGUAAAUUCCAUUUAGUGAAUCGCACCCAUCACGUGUGGAUCCACCAAAUACGUGCGUAGUAAAAAUACAAAAGAAAUGCUUGUCGUGUCAUUAAUAUUAAUCACUACUAUUUUUUCGACAAAUGGAUUCCCAACAUCACCUGAAGCUGAGGCUGCUGGCACAGCAUUUCAAAAUUUUGAAGACCAGGCAGCCACAUUUCAAAUACCUGACCAACAGAAUGUGAUAUAUCAAACACCUGGACAACAGGAUGUAUUGCUUCAAGCGUCUGGACAACAAAAAGAUAUAUUUCAAAGACCUGAGCAACAGGGCGUAGUGUUUCAAGUGCCUGAACAGCAAGAAGGUACAUUUCAAAUUCCCGAACAACAAGAAGGGAUAUUUCAAGUGCCCGAACAGCAACAAGGUGCAUUUCAAAUUCCCGAACAACAAGAAGGAAUAUUUCAAGUGCCCGAACAGCAGCAAGAUGCAUUUCAAAUUCCCGAACAACAACAAGCGGUAUUUCAAACUCCUGCACAACAGAACGAAGCCGUUUUUCAAACCGGACAAAAAAUUAAUCAAGGAGAACCUAGUGAAGACUAUUUCACUUCCGGCGGUACGAACCUCGCGGGACAGGCAGCCGACUUUACAAUUAGUUGCGUCGGAGCGAAUAAAAUUUGUACCAGUACAAGUGAUUGUAUAAAUGGUUUCAUCGAUUUCGCUAAAAGUACCAUUUAUCCUCCGUCUACACAGAAUCAAGAGUGCAGGAUUCAGGAUCAAAUUUGUUGUACGAUUGCGAAAGAACUUCAAGGAACGACUCAAAAAUCGUUUACAAAAUACAAUCCGACUGGUAUAGUUAAACAAAACGUUGACCAAAAUCCAAUAGACUCAUCGGCCACUUUUGAGAUUCCGACGCAUGUGCAACUUGGUUGUGCAGCAGCUCUUCUAUGCGUUGAAGAGAAAUUUUGUACCCUCGAUGGUACGAUUAGUUCAGAACCUGUUACGUUCUCAGAGAAACAGUUAUAUCGACGUGUACCGUUGAACAGCUGCAGAAAUACGGAAACUGGUACAAUCGGUAAAUGUUGCCGCGAUCCAAAUUACGUCGAUCCCUGGCCAACGGGCAAUCUUCCUGCUAAUUAUACUGGCGGAUUCGACGAGCAAGGAUUCCCAACUUUUCUGAAUAUCGCGAAAGUGCGACCACCUUCUAAGUCACCUACCAAAUCUGCUAAAAAACCUGUGCAAUAUAAGCCUGUGCAAUCGUAUCCUACACAAACGGUGCAAAAGCCUGAACCAGCGCUAGUACCACAAAAUUCUGAUGUUUCUAUGGAAACGUUAGUACCUCCGAGUAUAGUUCAAGACGUGCACACUGAUUUCGAUAAGGCAAACUUAAGAUGCGGCGUGAGAAAUAAGGUAACGCAACAGUCAGAAAUACGGGAAGAAUCAAAGGCAGUUUUUGGAGAAAUACCAUGGCAAGCAAUGGUUUUACAUUCGAAAGAACGGAAAAUUCUUUGCUCGGGAGCUUUAAUUGGCACCGAAGAUAUAUUAACAGCAGCUAACUGUGUCAACGGCCUGUCGCCGAGUGAUGUUUCGAUAAAAUUAGGCGAAUGGAAGUUGGGAUACGAGCUGAAACACGAAGAACCGUUACCUUUCCAAAUUAUCAAUAUAACGUCGAUCGACGUGCAUCCUAACUACGUACAAGGAUAUGGAGAACACGACCUCGCGAUGUUACAUCUCGAAAGACCAGCCACUAUGGAUCUUCACAUAAGUCCUCUCUGUUUGCCAGAACCAAAUUAUUUUGCGAAAAAUAAACAGUGCAUUACCACCGGUUGGGGAAAAUCCAUUCUUCAAGCACACUAUGCUGGCGCGAUCAUGCAUGUAGUCGACAUGAACGUGUUACCGACGGAACAUUGCAAAGAACGACUGUUGAGUGGAAAUUUUGGAGCGGACAGUGUGAACGGUAUCAUUUGUGCUGAACCGAAGGAGGAAAAGGAUAACGUUUGCGAAACGGACGUUGGAGGACCACUCGCUUGCCGAAACGAACACGGUCUUUACGAUUUGAUUGGAAUUUAUAGUCAGGAUACGGGAUGUCUUCCAACAAAUCAGGUCGCCGUUUUUGCACCGUUGGAUCAAGCAUGGUUAAAAGGAACCGUAUCUGAAUCUGUCUUCCAAGAAAGUAAAACGAACGUAAAACACGACGAGCAAUUACUAUUGAAUGAUUAUAGAAACAGCACCCUGGAUGCGGACAAUGAGUAUCUACCUCCGGUUCAAAAAUCAUUUACUUAAUACUCUGCCAUAUCUAAUGAUAUUAAUCCUUUUUAUACUGUAUAUAUGGUAGUUAUGGACACAGUUACUAUCGCGCACAAUGACAAUCUUAGAAUAAGAACAUACAGUCUAUUUUUUAUUGUAUUUUACGAAUCGCUGCUACCCCAUACACUCUUGUACAUUGCAUGUUAAUUUAAAACAAGUGAAAUAAAAUAUCGUUAAUUUAGAA